AAGCAGUUAUAACCAACAUCCAGGAGGAGCCCCAAGAAGGAUUCAGAGAAGCUUCGUUUGCCAGCGAAUUGGUCACUGGGGCUGCAGCGCUUCCACCCCAAGAUGCUGUCCACCGGGGCAAGGACCAGGCAGUUAAAUGGCACCUGUGCUGGCUCAGUGGACAUGGAGCUCUUCCUUCAUUUCUCCCUCAUCCCAUCACUUUUCAUCAUUUUGGUCUUGUCCUUCCUUCAAAGACGAGAGCAUCGUAGACAGACAGAUGACACUUCUUACCUCCUGGGGAAACACUUUGGAAUCGUCAUGCCUCUGGACUUUGUGGGCACUUUUAGUAACCGAUGGUCCUACGGAAUUGCCUUUGGAGCCACAGCCAAUAAGGUCAUGUUCUUGUUCUCUGAAGGCUACCGGGCCCUGCAGGUCCCACAGUGGGCCCAAGCCUUUGUGCUUCUGAUGGGUGGCGUCGAAGUUGGCCUGUCCUACUUCCCCUUCUUUGCCUGCCUCUCUUCGGAGUUCCGGCUGGUUAGUUCCAUCCUCGGUUUCAGCUACUCUCUGACUUGGUUUGCUGUCACCAUCCUUCACCUCGUAGAGUGUCCCCAUGGGCAGUUCUUGGGGAAGUACGAGACCGUCGUUUUCUACUGGCCGUCUCUGCUGUGCCUCGCCUUCCUGCUGGGCCGCUUCCUGCACAUGUUUGUCAAGUCCCUGCGGGUCCACCUGGGCUGGGAGCUCCAGGCUGGAGCGAAGCCUUUCCUGGAAGUUCACCAGGCAGAGCACGUCCAGCGGCUCCUGAGGAAGUGCCCUCUGCAGGAGAAAAAAAAGUCUUGGUUCCAAACCAGGAUAUAUGAGUGGGAUCCUUGCUUUCAGUUUCCAAGCCGAAUGAUUGGAACCACUGUGUUGGCUUUCAUCUGCCUGUAUCUUUUCAUUGUCAGCGAGUUCUGCGUAUUCGUUUUCGUGAGAGACGAGCUGGACGUGUUUGAGAGCAAACUGGAGAGCUACGUCACCUCCAUGAACGAGACGGGUGCUCUGAUCCCAGUCAUCCUGCAGGUGAAAGAGCUCAUCAGUGUCACCAAAGGAGUCUGGGUGGUGACCAUUCUGCCUGCCUCACUCACGACUGUGAGUUAUCUGUUCCACAUUUUGGCCUGUUACAGAUUGCACAUAAAGAGGUUGUGGUCGGGAGAUAAACACUUUCUGCCCGUGAAGUUCCAUUGUCCGUCCCCCUCUGAGAGUGUGGUGGCCAUAGCAAGGUACUCUGGUUGGCAAAUAGCAUAUAUUCUGUGGGGCUACCUCAUCAUCCACGUGCUGCAGAGCCUUUGUGGCCUGGUGCUCAUGUACAGCCUGGUGCUGCCCGUCAUCCACAACCAGGGCCUGGAGAUGCUCCGAGGCCUGGGCAUUGGGACCCUCACCGUGUCCAUCGUUGUGGGUCUCAUGGUCCUGCAGGUGUGGAUCGCGGCCACCUUCUUCCUGCAGCCGAAGAUGAGCCCAGCUGACAAGCAGAAGCCCUUGGCUCUCCGCAACAGGAACGUGUUCCACAACUUCAACUACUUUCUGUUCUUCUACAAUGUGCUGCUGGGCCUGGGCGCCUGCCUCUCCAGGCUGCUCAUCAGCUGCGUCCUGGGCACGUGGCUGAUCGCGCGCAUCGACAGGACCAUCAUGCAGAGAGGCUACGAGCGGGCAGACAUGGGGUUCAGUGCAUGGAUUGGCAUGCUCUAUGUGGACCACUAUCACACAAACCCCGUGCUUGUCAGCUUUUGUCACAUCCUGAUGACAGGCCACCAGGAGAGGAAGCUGCAGAAGGCCAUCAAAUACUGGUGCCUAAAUCAAUCAGCAGGACCCCGUGUCUCAGCGAGGUCCAGGACGAGGUGGCUUCUGCUGCAGACCCUCAUCAACAACCCUGCACUCGUCAUGCUCCGAAAGUCCAGAGAAGGGUACGGCUCCAGAGAGUUUCUCCAGAUGUUGCUGACAGACUCGGAAAUCUGACACUGGCCCCCAACAUCUGCCACAAGUCCAGGCCAGGCUGUCUGCCCUGAGAGAAGGGCCAGGCUCCAUGUGAGGGGACAGCACAAGCACUGGCCAUGCAGGUGGAAGACAUCACUGGUGACUCAGAAGACAACUCACCUGGUGGAGCAUCAGGACAAUUUCACUCCCUUGGGGGAAAACAUUAAAAACUAAAGAAAACUUCCGUUGAACAAACUUUACCCAAUAAUGACCUCACUCUCCAUGGUGGGAGAGCAGCCUUGGGGACAUAAAUGUUGAGAACCACUUAAUUUUGGCUACAAAACAGAACUUCCUGUCACUGAAGAAGGUGGUAAAAUUUCAAUGCCUGGAGAACUUAACUGUCCAAUCAGAUUUUCCCCUGGAAGUAAGUGUGGCUUUCAGUCCAACAGUUCUCCUGGACGCCCCUUUCAAAGUCUCACAGCUGGUGGGAGAGGAGGAAAUCUGUGAUCCCGGCCACCAACCUGGGAGGGCGAGCAGGCACGAACUGGGCCCUCUCUCCCCAUGGCCACUGGACAGACUGACCUGGGCAUGGGCACAAAGAAGAUGCCCAGGUUCCCAACGAUGACUGUGGGCUACUAGCAUAGCAGCCUGGAAGAGGGCAGCCGAGAUGGGGUGAGAAGGCCCCCCAGGUGGGGAACCACAGGAGCCAAGUUACAGGAACGGGUAAGCCCAGGGCACAUUUGUGGAGUGAGCCAUUUAGCGUGUGGGCCUGGGGGGUUGUUUAGGUGGACACAGAUGCCAGGCUGUGAGGCCUGGACUCUUCCCUGUGUGUAGAGGCCUAAUACUUACACGAAUUCCUCACCCUCAAGUCUAAAGUCUCUGGUGGCCCAAGUCCUGUACAAUGUCUGACUAUUUAAAAUUACUCGUGAAGCCUGUGCAAGAGCCAGGGGUACCCACCAGCAGGGCAGAGGUAAGAUGCCGCCCACCUCAAGUGUCCCAGAGCCUUUGAAAUUACGCCUUCAUUGUUGAGCACCGACUGUAAACCAGUCCUGGUGCUAACUGUCAUGCUGCUUUUACGAAAUGAGAAAACUGAGACUCAGUGUUCAAGUUACCUCACUAUACUUCGGUUUCCUUUUUUAUAAAAAGAGGGCAAUACUGUCUCGCUCUGAAAUUGUUUUGAGGAUAAAAUAAGUUAAUACAUACAAGCACUCUUAAGCUAGUGCCUGACAUAUCCUCAACUCUCAAUAAAUAUCAGUUAUUGGUAUGUGUAAUAUUAUAUUAUGUGAUGACUUGUUCAGUGUCUGCCUACCCCUCUCUAAGCUAUCAGCUCUGUGUAGAAACGGUCCUCUCAGAUUUUGCUCCCCAUCUCCAGGCUGUAACAUGGCAGGCCCCUGGAAGGAAUAAAGAAAUGAGGCAAUGA